AAUUACGGCGUUCUCGCUUCUGACAUCUUUUUUUUUUUUGUCACCUCUUGGGGGAACUCGAGUUUUUUGGGGGGUUUUUUUUCGUUUUUUUUAAAGUCGCCUCUAGAAAGGAUGUCUCAGAGUGGUGUUCACGAUUUAAAAGAAGUGGAGGUCGAGUACAGUCCAUGGGACGAAGCAGCAAAAAUUAUCCAGCGGGCCUGGAGAGGAUAUGUGUGCAAAGAAGUCUUCAGGCAUGUCCGGAAGAUGAUCAGCCAAUGCUAUCAGCAGGAUCCCAGGUCCCUUCUCCGAACCGUCAAUCCUCGAGAGGCAGAGCUGCUCGAUCCUGCGGCAGGCGUGUACAUCCGAUUUCGACUAGGAGGGGUCAGUUUUCCUCCUCAGGUCUACUACAAGAUCUUCACCUACCGGCCCAUUGUGGAUAUAUGCGCAAGCAGCCCAAAGGACUACAAUCAGCUCCAGCGCAUGAAGUAUUUGAGUGAAGAGAGGGAUCCGACUCUGCAAACGACGGACAGAACGGGCUGGUACCAGCGUGUGGAGAACAACAACUGGAGGCUCUUCUGUUGCAAAGCCAUUACCAAGGAAGAACCCAUAGACUGUUUUGUCACCAAAAAAAUGGACUUUCAUCCGUCGAAGUUGCAGCGGAUACAGGAUGUGAGGAAAUGGAAGAAAAGGAGGAAGAUUGAGUGGCUGAAGCGGAUGUACAAGGAGGGUCAAGAGGAGGAGCAGGCUCUACAGGAGACUCUGGAGGAGCAGUCCGAUCAGUCUGACUUGCUCACAAUAGAGAAGAAAACGGCAAAGGACAUAAUGCAGUCUAUCGAAGACAAAGGAGAAGAUGAAAUACUGGACUGGGAGCUGGACGAACUGUUGGCCUGGACAAGCAGCCUCAACUUUGAGGAGUACAUGGAAGAGUGGAAAAACCAGGCCUGCAGUCACACGUCCGAGCCGAACAAAGAUCGUCCAACAUAACGAUGGUGAAUCUGACUCACUUGGGAGCUCCAGUAACUUAGGUCAAACAGAAUAAAACUAAGAAUGGCAACUGG